AUUGAUAUUAUGGUAUUGAGUAUAUGGUAUUGAGAAACGGCUACAGAUAUUCUUGGUUGCCUGCGCCUGCGAUGUCGGCAGAAAAGCUUUAGCGACUGGAGGGGGAACAGGAUCGGCUGCUACACCGGCGAAGCCAAUGGGGGGCUGAACUCUGAUCCCAAACUCCUGUAAGAAGAACCCUAUGGCAUGGUGGGAAAUUCACCACUUGAAGUUUACCUUCAAAAGUUGUGAUGCUUUCCUUUUCCAGAAAGCAUGUGAAACUUGGUUGAUUUGGAAAGAUGCAAACAGAACAAAAAGAAUACAGGGAAAGAAUUCUUCAAAAUAAACUUUUUCUUAUUGCUACCUUGCAAGAAGAUGUCACCUUCGUCUUGCAGUUUGUGCAGGAAAAUAAACUCAUCACUGACCGUGACUACAAUCAAUUAAACGAUGCUCGAAGGAAUGAAGGUGGAGAGAGCACAGUCAUAACCUUACUCGACAAACUCAGGGGCAAGGGGGAGGAAACCUGCAAGAAAUUCACAGAGGUUUUGGGACAGAUUGAUAUAUUAGAGACUUUUCCAAAGUUGAAGAAUCAUCCAGUUCUUGGUACAGACAACCUGUUUAAAGAUAACUCAAAGCUCAGCAUUGACUUUCAACAGAAGCUUUGCAAGAUCUGUAAGGAGUUGACCCGCGUUAAUGUUUCUGAGCUAAAGUUUCUGUGUACAGACCUGGAUUGCAAAAAGCAUUUGGAGACUGUGACUAAUGCAAAAGACCUCUUCUUUCAAUUGGAUGAGCAGGAACUGCUUGAUGAUGAGCUCCUCCUACCUGAGCUGCUGUACAGAAUCGGGCGUCUUGACAUGCUUGUCAUCCUUGGCAUAUCCAAAGAGCAGGUGGAGAGGCAUCUGCAGGCAUGUAGAGACCUGACCAAAGGUGUCUCAGCUUACAGAUGUAUGCUGUAUGGAUUAUCCGUAAGCAUUAAAGAAGAAAACCUUCAUCAAAUGAGGUUCCAAUGGUCAAAACGUUCAAAAACACAGCUGGGACCAUUCGCUUCAUUUCUAGACAUUUUGAUUGACAUGGAAAAGCAGCAGAGGCUUAAAGAAGACAACCUGGAUGAACUACAUGAUAUUCUGAAUAUAUGUGACAAAGAGCUGGCCUGGAAAAUAGAAGAGUUCAAGAAUAGGCACAGAGACCAGCAACAAGGGGAAGUGACAAAACAAGAACUCGAACUUCCUGAGGAGGAAUAUUAUACCAUGACCCAGCGGCCUGUAGGAUACUGUCUGAUCAUGAACAACUGCAACUUUCAUUCAACAAGUAUGUUAGCCAACCGAACAGGCACAGAUAAAGACAGAGAUGAUCUUAGCAGAGUGUUUCGCAAAAUGCAUUUUCUGGUUGAGGUCAGGAAUGACCUCCAAGCUGCAGAUAUGCUGAAUGUGAUAAAUGAGUUUGCACAGAAGGAUCAUUCUAGAAUGGAUGCUUUUGUCUGCUGCAUCCUCUCUCAUGGAGCAGAGAGCACUGUGCUAAGCACAGACGGCAAAGAGAUUCUAAUCCGGGAUCUCACGUUGCCUUACGCUGAAAGCCGCACACUUGCAAACAAGCCUAAGCUUUUCUUUAUUCAGGCCUGUCAAGGUAGUAAGGCCCAGCAAGGAGUGUUGAUAGAGACUGGCCAGGAGAAUAUCACAGCAGAUGGAGGAUAUGAAAAAGAUGCUCAAAUGGUUGUGCAGCAGAGCAUCCCAUUGGAAGCUGAUUUUUUAAUUGCAAUGGCCACUGUAGGGCAUUGUCAGUCAUUCCGAAACACUAGAGAUGGGUCCAUCUAUAUCCAGGAGCUCUGUAGACAGCUGGAAAAAUUAUGUCCCAGAAAAGUGGAUAUCUUGUCCAUUCUGAUAUCGGUGAACCGUGAAGUGAGCAAAAAAAAUAUGAGGGGCUAUAAGCAGAUACCUGAACCUCGGUAUACCUUAACCAAGAAACUGGUUCUUCCUUGGACUGAUGCUCCUGAUUGCCCGCUAUAGGAAACUAUAAACAUUGUGUGACUAGAUCUAUACACUAAUGAUGGUGCUCCAGGCACGGUCAGAGUUCAAGGUUCAAGAAGCUUUAUUGUCAUUUCAACCGUAUAUAGCUAAUGCAAUACACAAUGAAAUAACACAACGUUUCUCCAGGACUACGGAGCUACACAGAAUAACAGAGAUACACUAGGCAAAACAACAACAACACAGAGCUACGAUGGUGGUAGCAGCAGUAAGAGAUUAUUUGAUGGCAAAUUGAUGCUUUGUUAGUGUUAUUGGGUCAGUCUGGUUUUCAAAGAUAUAUUACUUUCUUGUAUUCGCUUUCGGAUCUUGUUGUAUUUGUAUUCCUGUUGCCCCACCUUAUUGCUGCCCCUACAACCAGUGUCUUGUUUUUACGUCUAUACAGAAACCUUAUGUUUCUUCCAUUCUUCAUAUGAUCUUGUUUUUUAAUGAUUUCUGUUUCUGUUAUCAGAUCCUUAAUACAAUUUACAGCUUAUCAUUUGUCUCAAUAAGACAUUGUAAAAGUCAGAAAAAAAGAUUUGUGUGUGUGGGUGUGGGUGUGUGUGGGUGGAUAUCAAACACAUGUAAGUGGAUGUGGUACAGACUGCUUUGUUUGAUCAUAAAUACACAUAAAUGAAUGGGUAAGCCUAUACAACACCCUCAAUUAAACCAACAUUUACACAAAUGCACACACACACAACUAUGCACAGACACAUAUGGUACAUAAACAAAAAAUUGAUAAGGUGAUAACUGAGCAAUUAAAAAAAUUGUCAAUCGGCCGUUGUGCAGAACACACACACACACACACAAUUCAAAGAGAGAUCGAAGUCUUAGAGCAAGAUUUGACUAUGCUUCCAGAUAAAACAUAUACACUCUAAAAAAAUAAUGGGUUGUGUUAACCCAACUGCUAUGUUGUUUAACGUGGUUGAUUAACAGUAACCCAGCAGUUGGGUAAAAACAACCCAUUAUUUGGGUAAUUUUAACCCAGAAAUGUGUUCUGUCCAAUAGUUACCCAGCCCCGGGUUAAAAACAACCCAACAUUUUUUAGAGUGUAGCUAAAGUAAAGUUUUAAGUCAUUCUGUAACAGCACAAUGGCAAAAUAGGUUAAAUGUAGCAGAGACCCUGAAUCUCAUACUUACUGUUUGAUGCUGAGAAUAAGUGAUUACAUUAUCCUACUUUGUAUUUUUCUCAUAACACGGACAGAUUUGUCUGUAAGCAUAUUAUGGCAUCUAUGACUAUUUUUCAACUAUUCAAAUAUUUUACCUUGUAUGAAAAUCUAGAACUUAAGACAUUAAGUUUGUUACAACAUUGUUUAUUGCAUCCAGUAGUACAGCUAUUGAAAUUGCAUGUAAUUGCUAUUUUGAUGUGAUGUCACAAAAAACUAAAGUGGGACACAUUUGGGGGGAAAUAAAGAUUUUCAUGAAAAGUUUUUUUAAGUAAAUAAAAAAACCAUUUUAUAUUUACAUUGAUAUUUCAUCUAAUUGCUAUUUU